AUGCCCUACAUUUUGAUAAGAGGCAACUUAGCUUCGUAUGGACAUAAGAAUCCGUGGCGUGUCUUAGUAUCCGGAUUAAAAGCUGAAGAUAUUGAACAACUUAACCGUUUUGCUUGUGGAGGUUAUUCUGAUAAUUCGACUAUUGUUUAUCUUCAACAUCCUUGCGUCAUUCUCAGUGCUUUAGAAGUUUUAGGAUAUAAAGUUGUAGCUUCUAGUUCAACUGCUGUUAAACAGGAUUACAAUGAAUACAUGUGGACUAUGAGAAAAGAAUUCUCUGAGCCAGAACCAUCUAUCAUUGUUGAGCAAGACAACAUAACAAACUUUAGCAAAGAGGCUAUGCACUUUCAUCAUUCUAAUAAAGAAGACGAAGUUUAA